AAAUGAUUUUAUCAGAACGGUUACAUUCUUUUCAGGUUAUAUUUGGUCUUAACUCUUAUCAGUCGCGUCUAGAUAGUGUUACGCGUUUGAGGGGCGUUUCGUAGGCCGUCCGACGGUCUUCUUUUUCCAUUUUGCAUGCCGUUUUGACCAUCCGAAGAUGAUCCGCUUCAUUCUGAUCCAGAACCGGGCCGGGAAGACCCGCCUCGCCAAAUGGUACAUGAACUUCGACGACGACGAGAAGCAGAAGCUGAUCGAGGAGGUGCACGCAGUCGUGACGGUCCGCGACGCGAAGCACACCAACUUCGUCGAGUUCCGCAACUUCAAGAUCGUCUACAGGCGCUACGCCGGCCUCUACUUCUGCAUCUGCGUCGACGUGAACGACAACAACCUUUGCUACCUCGAGGCAAUUCACAAUUUUGUGGAAGUACUCAACGAAUACUUCCACAACGUCUGCGAGUUGGACCUCGUCUUCAACUUCUACAAGGUAUACACCGUCGUCGACGAGAUGUUCCUAGCCGGGGAGAUAAGGGAGACCAGUCAGACCAAAGUACUCAAGCAGCUUCUCAUGCUUAACUCUCUCGAGUGAUGGGAAAAGACUUUCCCGGUUCGUAUGUAUUUAUCCCAAGCCGCUGCAUUGAGUUUUAUCCACACAAAAAAUGUAUUUUAUAUUUUGUUAUUGGGUCCGGGCAACCCAAAUCGUAAAAUCUGAAAAAAAAUUGCCUGUUAUGCAUUUCUAAUCUAUUUAUCGUAAAAAAAGCUGUUAAUAUUAUAUAUACAUUAAUUAUCUGUAUAUCCUGAAAUAUAAGUCAUUUAUUAAGUGUCAA